AGAUCGCUCCACCAUGAUUCCAAGCUUUCUCCGAAGAGUUUCGAGCAUCCAGAGGUUUGCCCUUCAAAAUUGGACAAGGCCACUUGUCACAGUGACAGAGAGCAAGGCGAUGGUGUCACCGAUUAGAACUGCAGCGGAAUGUCGCAGCAGAAAGUGGGUCAGCGUUCACUCGAGCAUCUCCUGCAGGCACGAGCAUUCGAGGGGGAUGGCAACGGCUGCUGGCCUCGUGGAUGUUGACGGGGACAGACCCGCACUCUCCAUCUCUGAUCGCUGCGCCAAGAGGAUCAUCAAAGUGCAGAAAGAAGGAUUCCUGCGCCUCCGAGUGGAUGGCGGAGGAUGUUCGGGCUUCCAGUACAAGUUCCAACCAGACUCGAAGAUGGAGGGGGACGAUGUUGUUUUCGAGAAAGAUGGGGCGAAGCUGGUGAUCGACGAAACUUCCCUUGAUCUCGUUCGAGGAUCGACGGUGGACUUCGUCGAGGAGAUGAUCUCGUCGAGCUUUCAGGUUCUCAACAAUCCGAACUCAGAGGGGACUUGCGGGUGCGGCUCUUCCUUCUCGCCUAAGAAUUGAGCCUUGUGAGCCUCAUGGUUGGUUGGUGAUUUGGAAUCUUGUUUCUUCAUCUGUAAAAAUUCUUUCUGCAAGACA